AUGUGCCGCCUGCACAUUCCGGGCUCUUCCGUCCACAUCUCAGCGCCUGGCCAGGACGCCGCCGCCCCUGCAGGCCUCCACGUGGGCGCCGGCGCAGCGCGCCGCAGCAGGCGGGCCUUCCCCGGCGCCGCCCUCGGCGCGCAGCCUGCGCUCCACGUGCUGCGUGUUUACUCACGUGACGCGGCUCCGCCCCGGCCCGCCCCCGGCCCGCCCCCCGCGCCCGCCACGCCGCGGCUGUCGGUCCCAGGCCCGGGCUGCCCCGCGCCGGCCACGCCACCGCUGUCGGUCCCAGGCCCGGGCUGCCCCGCGCCGGCCACGCCACCGCUGUCGGUCCCAGGCCCGGGCUGCCCCGCGCCGGCCACGCCACCGCUGUCGGUCCCAGGCCCAGGCUGCCCCGCGCCGGCCGGCCUCGCCACGAGUGCCCGGGCGCUCUGCUGCCUGCUCGGGCGCUUUGGGGUGCGCGCCGAGGGAGAGGCGGGCCCGGCCGAGUCGGGAGUGCGCAGACGCCCCGGCUGCGUCUCCGCCCCCGCGCGCCCCGCGGUCGUGGCUGACGCUGGAGGUGAGAUGUGGCCUCAAGGUCGCUGCGACUAUGCGAGACCCCCAAGCGGACCCGCGCCUGGGCGCAGCCACCCUGCUGAUGGCUGCCAGGGAGUAACUACUACUGUGCCAAGGAAGCCCCCACUGCUAGACAGCCCGGGUGAAGGAAGCCACAGUAGGUCCUACAGUCAUGCUGGUUCCCGGGUGUGCGACGAGGACCGCAGUUUUUCUGAUGGGAAAAGCGGUCCGCCUCACGGAGGACAUGACUCUCCCUGUGGGUGGCCUGGAUGGGGACAGCCUCAGCACGGGAAGAGGCGGACCUUACUCCCUCUCCCCCCGCUGCCCCUGCGACAGCAGGCUCCCUCUUUCACGAGGGACAGGAAAGAUGGCUCUAGAAGAACAAGUAUCCACUCUUCCCAUGGCGGGAGGGGCCGGUGUCGCCAUAAAAGAGACGCUCCUUUGCUCCGCCACUGCCCCGUGGGCCGCAGGGACUCUGCUCACAGCGUCAGCAGCAGGAACUGCUCUCCGGAAAGAAACAAAGCUCACUCACUCCAGCAGCAUCCAAGUCAGGAGGCACCUGUCCAGUCUUUGCAGACAUCACGGGAUACUUCGCCACCGAGUCGUGCCGUGGUUCCUUCAUCAAAGGCGCCAGCCACCGCACCAUUGCUCACGGAGCAGCCCGAGGCACCUGAAUCCAGUGCGCCCCAAGGCGUGGAAUUCUUUGAAUUCAGCCAGCUCAGCGCUCGUUCUAAAGCCAUAGCAAUGAAAACCAGAGAGAUUGAGCAGGUUUACCGGCAAGACUGUGAAACGUUCGGGCUGGUUGUGAAGAUGCUGGUGGAGAAGGACCCUUCCUUAGCCAAGUCCAUCCAGCCUGCCCUGAGGCAGAACUUACAGGAACUGGCCGAGCACUGCUUGGGGGAGCUCAAAUGCUUCAUCACCGAAUACGACACUGCCACCCCUGGGCUCCGAGAGCUGAGCCAGGAGGUUCCUCGCUCAGCAGGGAAGUAUUCCUAG